AUGUGCAGGUUUUUCUUGAUAUUUCAAAUUUCCUUGAGCACUAUAAUCGAGAAUAGGUAUUGUCAACUGCAAAGACACAUUCAAGCAUGUCAUUGUCCUCUUUCAGUAGUAGGGAAUCCAUCGACCAAAUUUAAGAUUCAUGCCACAGGCCAUGCUUUUUGAGACCACUACUCCUUCCACGUGUAAAUGAGCAAAUGAAAGUGGGAAAUAUGAGAAACAAAUGAAGAGCUUGACGUAACAACUUCAGGAGCCAAGCGGAUGAAAAGAAAAACUAGAAAACUUUUGACCAGGUCAGAGCUUAGUGUGCUCUUUGGAUUCCUAAAGAAAACCACGUGCUUUCUUGCAAAAGUGGUUCCACCUCUUAAAUGUUUCUGUUUUUCUUACUCUCUGUUUCCUAUGCAAACCCGGGGUCAUUCCCUGACUCAAAAAAAGCGUUACAAAGACUUACGCAAUCUGGUUCCUCAACAAGAACCCUGCUUGCAUUGGUUUAUCUUUCGUUCUCCCUUUCUGUCGAAGCUCCAUCCAAUUCCAUGGCAUCUACUUCAGGUUUUAACAAUGGGCGUCAGCCAGAGAACGAGAAUACAGAUACUUCUCAAGCAGCUCUAUCUGCUCCUGCUACUUAUUCAGUGGUAAGCCUAUUUUCAUCCUGCUUUGGUUGGUUUUCUCGUUUCUUUCCUACGCGUUUAGACCAGUCCAGUUAUGUGCUACCUACAUCCACCACUAUUAGUCAAUCACAGAAUGAGUUUACAAAUGCUUUACAAGGCAUGGCACUAUAUCCUUCUACCUCUGCCAUGAAAAAUCUACCCUACGUAUAUAUUAAUCAUCAUAGCCCCGAUGUCAAAGAAACGCUUGCAACCACUCUCUCUAAUACCCUAAAUAGAAUGGGAUUAAGGGUUUUUUUCGAUUCAGAAGAGUUUGAAUUCGGGGAUUCCUUGCCUAAAGAAAUAGAAGAAGCAAUCCGCAGUGCUUCGCUUCAUCUAGCUAUAUUUUCCAAGAAUUAUGCCCAAUCCCCUCGGUGUUUGGCAGAGCUUUCUCUUAUGCUGAAAACUGUCACCCAAAUUGUACCUGUUUUCUACCAUAUUCAACCUGACGAAGUCCGAUAUGCAAAAGGAGUCUUUGCCAAUGCAUUUUCCCUGCACAAAAAGGAGCCUAGAUACACAGAAAAGAUUCAGGAGUGGAAGACUGCUCUCUACAGUGUUUCCUUUAAUAUCGGUCACAUUGUUAAUACCGACGAUGAUGAGGUGGAUCUGCUCAAGAAGAUUGUUAAUUCUGUUUCUAAAGUAAUGAAAAAUUUGCCAUUUGCGGUUGCCCAACAUCCAAUCGGUUUAGAUGAAGCUGUAAAUGACUUCGAAGUGACGAUUCAAUCUGCAGAACACCAUCACCCUGUGCAUAUUGUGGGAUUAUGGGGUAUGGGUGGCUCUGGCAAGACCACUCUUGCUAAACAAUUUUAUAACAACAAAUACAAAACUAUGGAAAAAUCUAGUUUUGUAUUUGAUGUUAGAGAUGCUGCUAAGAGAAGUGUAUUGCAUACUAAGCAGAAAGAACUACUGGAGGCCCUUGGUCUCAAAGAUGUACGAGUGGACACUAUAGAAGCGGGGAAGGGUAAGAUUGCUAGCCGAUUGAAAUCUGUUCGAGUAUUGCUUGUAUUGGAUGAUGUGGAUGAUGUGGAACAAUUGGAUGCACUAUUGCCUGACAGGGACAGUCUUGGAAGAGGUAGUUUGAUUAUUGUCACUACAAGGGAACUGGAAGUACUUAGAUCUUGGGGCAUUUCCACGGUUUAUAAGAUGAAGAUACUGGAUCCACAUCAUGCUGAACAACUUUUUUGUUGGCAUGCUUACUUGCAGCCCUCACCACUUCAAGGGUUUCAGUCUUUAGUUAAAGAUUUCUUAAAUGUUUGCGGUGGACUACCAUUGUCUCUGACAGUUUUUGGGGCACAAUUAUAUGGCAACUCCAGCAAAGAUUAUUGGAAGCAACAACUGGAGAUCUCCACAAUACUUCCUGGAGAUAUCAAAGAAAGCUUAAAAGUAAGCUUUGAUUCUUUAGAUGAUGAAGAGAAGGAAAUAUUCUUGGAUAUUGCAUGUUUCUUUAUUGGAGAGGAGAAAAGUAUGAUCCUUAAUGUUUGGGAUGGAUCAAGAUGGAAUGGUCUACACAGUUGGGAAAAACUUUUCAAUAAAUGUCUUGUUGAACUUGAUGAUGGUGAGCGCAUAAGAAUGCAUAAUCAUUUAAGAGAUUUAGGAAGAGAAAUUGCAAAUCAACAGUCACCAUACCGCAUUUGGUUUCCAUAUCAAGUUAUUGAAGUCUAUAAUGAAGCACAGAGAAUUCGCAUUCGGGGAAUGGCGUCUACAACAACUAGAUCCAGAAUUGGGUUUGAGGAGUCUCCACAAUGCUCGUCAGGCGGGAUGAUCAUGGUUAACACAAACAGAGGACUUCGUGUGCUCACCCCAUCUUUUCUUGGAUUAAAAAUUUUUCAGGUGAAAGGAAGUUUAUAUAAUGAAAUAAUUGGUGAUAUAUCAAGAGAGUUGCUAUGGCUUCGGUGCAUUGACUUUGGGCAGAGAAAUCUUCUCUCGUUCAGUUCAAUGGAAAAUUUGAGGGUUUUAGAACUGCAUGAAAGAGAUGAUAGUCAAUUAGAAGAACUAUGGAAGGAUGCUCCUGUGCAGUUAAGAGGGUUAAUUAUUUCUGGUUGUCAUAAUUUUCAGAGAUUUCCAAAUUCAAUAGGUUGUCUGAGUCAUUUGAAAAAAUUAGUGGUUAGUAAUGCAAGUUUUCUGAGGGAUCUGCCAACAGAAUUUUGCCUUCUACGAUCGUUGGAGCAACUGGAAUUAAUUUGGUGUGUUGAGCUAUCAUCACUACCCAGCAGUUUCGGCAAUUUGAAAAGCCUGCAGCAUCUAAGUUUAGAGGGUUGUCAGAAAUUGAGGUCGUUGCCAGACUCUUUUAAGGAGUUGAUAUUCCUGCAACAUUUGAACCUAAAGGAGUGUGAAAAUCUCGCCUUAGGGUCAGACAUUCUGGAAGAAAUCACAAAGCUCGAGUAUGUGAACCUUUCUGGGUGCAAGCAAUUGGAAAUGUUGCCUUCCGAUAUCACAAAUCAGGAAUCAUUGAAAGAGCUCGACUUACGUGGUUGCAGGAGGUUAAGGGAGGUGCCAAUGAACAUUGGUCAACUGAGCAAGUUGCGAAUAAUGAACAUAGGGAGUGAGCUGUUGACAAGAUUACCGAACUCUCUUGGAGAUUUGUCAUCUUUGACUGAUCUUCGGAUAGAAACCUGCCCCAAGCUGGAGAGUUUACCGGACUCUGUAGGUCGUCUUAAUCUAUUAAAGCAUUUCUCCAUUGCCUCUUCAGGAGUGAAAUCAUUACCAAAAUCAAUUAGGCAACUGAAUAAUCUUCAGACACUGGCUAUAGAAAAAUGCCCAACGAGUAUAUUGAAUCUCAGGAGGGGGUUGUUUGCUUUUUCGUUGUGCAACCUUACGUGGAUGUCGCUACCGGCAAUAGAAGUUUCCAACAUUUCUAUAUCUCCAGAUUGUUGUCCCGUUCUUGAGACUCUUCGAAUCAGAAAUAUUGACAAUCUCAGGGAGAUAGAAGUUCUACCAACUACAGUGAAGGACUUAGAAUUGAUGGGGUGUAAAAAAUUGAGGAACAUUAGGGGUAUAGUUGGUCUGGUAAACAUUCGAAAGUUGAAAAUAGAAAGAUGCCCUGAGUUGGAUGCGCUUCCCAAUUUUGCACAAUCAGCUUCUCUCCAAGAAUUUGUUCUCGUAGGUUGCUACGGAGUAAAGAAAAUAAAAGGUCUAGAAUAUUGCAAAGCAUUAGAGGAGUUGAGAGCAGAUACCAGGUGGGAGAUGCAGGGUAUAGAGAAUUUAGAGAGGCUGGAAAGAUUGAGAAGUGUCAAAUUCAGAGCAAACAGGAGGUCGGGUGUUGAAGGCUGCAUUCAAAGUAUUCAGAAAUGGCCUGGAGAAAUAUUAGUAUGUACGCGGGCAGUCGGUGAUGCUGCCUCACUUGUAAGCUCCUUCGACUUUUCAACUCUCUCUCUUGUUGAUUCCUUCGCUAACCAGGAAAUUUCCUCCAAACCAAAACUGGAGCAGAAGCAAUUGCCCAAUGUUGACGCCGUUAUUGUAUGUUUUAUUAUAAGUUGUAUGACUCCACGUAUGCAAUUGCGAAUAUCUGCCAUGAAUGAUGAAGUAUUUUCAACCGAAGUGGAGGAGGGUACAUGGUUCUGGACAGGUCUCUUCACACAGUGUUCCAGGUCUCAGGCAGCAGGGGAGUACACGAUAGAGAGAUAUUCAGGCGAAGGGGACGUGAAAAAAGGAUUGCUUGUGAUUGGAGAAGAGCAGAGACUUGUGGAGACUUUUCGGAGUUUAUGGGCACUUUUAGCAUAUUGAUAUAUCAGAAAAGAAAAUUGAAUAUAUUUUAUUCAUCAUUCCUAUUCUUCUUUUGUAGUUUAUUUAAACUGUUGUAUGUCUUCCACUCUCGUAAGUGUAACCAUCUCUAUAUGGUAAAGUCCGCCACAACAAGCGUUAAAGAGUUCUGUAUGUUUUGUAUUAUGAA